CACACACACACACACACACACAAAACCCAAACUCCCCAAUCCCAGGAAAACUCUUUUUCUUUCCAUUGUGCUGGUCCCAUCCCCUUUUUCCUAAGGAAUCUUCAAGGUUUGGGCCUCUCCUCCACUUUUCCUACUAUAUAUAUUUAUGUAAAUAUAAACUGAUAAUUCCCAAUAUAUACCUCAACCAUUAACCUCUCAAGCUUUAGCCCUUCUUCUCCAGUUGUCUAAAAGAAUUGUUCACCUUGAUGUGUGGAAAAUACAUGGCUGCAAAUAACUGUAACACUAGAUUUAUUCUAAGUCCAGUCCUUCUGAUUUUGCUGUUUCUUUCAGUAACACUCUCAUUAGUUCAGACCUGUCUCCCUCACUUGUUUCUAGACAGAUGAUCCAUUAUAGCCACAUCAUAUCAAUGUGCUCCAUCAGAAUGUCAUGGCCAAUGCUAUAGUGUGAGCCUUCAUUGCCACCUAUCUAAAUAUUACUGCAACUUCCUGCAGGUCUUUUCUGCCUCCUUUCAUUUCUUCCUCCCAUCCAUUCUUCAUAUUGUUGUCAGAACAGAAUAAUUUCCUUUAAAGAAAGAGUUGUUAAUGUCACUGCUUAAAAAGCAUCAGGAAUUCCAUUUUGGCCCACCAAGGAAAACUUCAAGUGCUUUCCCUGGCAUUCAAGGUCCUUUACCAUCCAGUUCCACCUUCUUUCCACUAUUCUGUCAUCACUCCCCUUCAGACUUUUGUCUUAGAGCCAAGCUUGAGGUGUGGCCUGCAUCCUUCCAUGUCUGUGCCCAUCUAUGCACUUUCCUGUCCUGAAAUGUUUCCUUUAUUCUCUUUGCAUAUUUAAUUCCUACCUAGUCUAUUAUGUAAGGUUUUCUCAUAUUUCAAUCAUUACCAUUAGUAAUCUCUUUCCCCCCAGAUUUAUAUAGCAAUUAAAAAAAAAAAAACUUCUCUAAUUCAUUUAUGGGGCAGCUAGGUGGUGCAAUGGAUAGAAUAUCAGACCUGAAGUCAGGAGGACAAAUUUUCCUGAGUUCAAAUCUGAUCUUGGAUACUUACUAGUUUUGUGACCCUGGACAAGUCAUUUAGUCCUAUUUGCCUUAGCUUCCAAAGCUAUAAAAUGAGUUAAACAAGUAAAAGGCAAACCAUUUCUGUAUCUUUGUGAAGGAAAUCCUAAUUGGGGUCACAAAGAGUUGUACAUGACUGAAACGACUGAACAAUGAUGCAUUUAUAUAGUAUCACGUAUUUUAUGCUCCUGUGUUAUCUACCUAUGAGACUGUGUAGACCUCCUGAGGGUAUAAAUAGUGGCAACUUUCUGAGGGACUCCACAGUAGUCAUUGGGGGAAGAGAGAGAAAGGGAUCUGGAGGAUGUGUGUGUUCAUUGGUGUGUGGAGAACUAGUGUGGAUACUCUAGCAUCUAAUAUAUAAUUUAAUGUCUUAAGGAGUUGCCUUGUACAGUAAGGAAUUAAGUGACUUGCUCUGUGGUCACAAAAUCCAUAUGUGUCUGGGCUAAGUCUUGAAAUCUGGCUUUUCAAUUCUAAAGCCAGUUCUGUAUGCUCCACUUCAAUACUCUAUGUUUAUAGUGCUAGGUAUAUAAAUUUGCCUUUGUUGAACUUCAGUGAGAAAUCUUAUGCAGAAUUUUUUUUUCUGUAAGGAAAUUGGGGUUAAGUGACUUACCCACGACACAGCUAGUAUGUGUUAAGUUUCUGAGGCCAUAUUUGACCUCAUAUCCUCCUGCCUCCAGGAUGGGUGGUCUGUCCACUGCACCGUUUAGCUGUUCUAAUGCAGAUGACUUCUUUAUCUUUUGUAUCAUUACAUUGUGCCAUUAUCUUUUAUAUUGGUAGAAGAGGUGGUACAUUGGAUAGAACACCAGGCUGGAACCAGGAAGACUUGAAUUCAAAUGUAGCCUCCAAUAUGUAACUGUGUAACCCUCAGAAAGUUUUUCUUAUUUACUAAAUUUUCUUCAAUUGUAAACUGAGAAUAAUAGCACCCACCUCCCAGGGUUGUUGUGAGGAUCAGAUGCGAUGAUAAUUAUAAAUGCCUAGCAUAGUACCUGGCACAGAGCAGGCAGUUUAUAAACGUUAGCUGAUAUUGUUAUUAUUAUUUUGUGCCUUGGACAGGGCCUGGGGCUUCUCAGACAGGUACUUAGAAUUUUAAAAAUUCUACAACAACAUUGCAAUUUUUUGUUGGCCAGUGGAGAUGUCAAGAAAGCAGCCAACCAUGGUCAUUCACGUGUUAUUGGCUGAUCUGUGGGGUUGGAAUUUGGGGGCUGUGAAGAGAAAGCUGAGUCAUUCUGAAUGCAGAGGGCGAUUGUGUUUCCUACUUUGGACAAAUGCCAGGUGAACACAGUGACACCAGGGGAGAAGGAGAACACGCACAUUAAAUUCAAUUUAUAUCGAGUCCUGAAAAUAACACUUCCAAGCUGUUAGCUUAUUCUGGUUUCUGUUGUUCUAUAAGACAAUGGAGUCGGGAUCUUCAGAACGUAUAUUAAAGAUGUUAUGGAAAGGUCACCAGUCUGUUGGGCUGUUAGUUAAUGCCAUGUUUUUUUCCCUUGAAGAUGAUAUUGCUGUUCUCACCAAGUUCAAGUUCACAAAUCCAGAAGGAGAAGAAUCCAAUGGACCUCUGUAUGAAAUGAACUCCAGUACAGCAUCUGAACUCCCAGGAAGCUCAGAGGGUCUAAGCAGCACUGAGACUACCUUGCUCAUCUCUGAUCAUCAAGGGACAGCAAAGAGAUAUAACCUGUUCCUGCGGCGGCGCCUUAUGUUUGACAAACGCCAGCAAAGCAAGGAUUCUGUUUUCUUCUGCGAUGGAAUACGACGGAUUGAUUUUGUACUUUCCUAUGUUGAUGAUCCAAAGCAGGAAGGUGAAAAAAAGGUGGAAAGAAGAAAGGAAUUUGAAAAUAAUCUUUUAAAGUCUGGCCUGGAAUUAGAAACGGAAGACAAAAAGGACUCCGAGGAUGGCCGAACUUACUUUGUCAAGAUCCAUGCCCCUUGGGAGGUACUGACCACGUAUGCAGAGGUGCUGAACAUCAAGAUGCCCAUUCGGGAGAAUGACAUCCCCCCUGCCAUGGAGAAUCCCUUUGAGUGUAUGUUUGAGCCUUUCCGGCUCCCAAAGAAAGUGAUGAACCCUGAGCCGGAUUACUUCACAGCUCCAUUCAGCAAGCAAAGGCAGGAGCUCUUCUUCAUUGAAGAUGAGAACACCUUUUUCUCGCCAUCAGUGAGAAACAGAAUUGUUUACUAUAUUCUCUCACGGUGCCCUUAUGGUACAGAAGAAGGAAAGAGAAAAUUUGGCAUUAAGAGACUGCUAACAAAUGGUACCUAUACAGCGGCUUAUCCACUUCAUGAUUGCCAGUAUUGGAAGAAAGCGAAGGAUCAAAACUCUGGCAAUGAGCGGUAUACCCUCUAUACUGAAUGGGCUCGCUUCUUGCGGUUUUAUAAGGAGCAGCCUUUAGAUCUCAUCAGGAGAUAUUAUGGAGAGAGAAUUGGCAUCUAUUUUGCCUGGCUGGGAUUCUAUACCGAGAUGUUGUUCUUUGCUGCCGUUGUUGGUGCAAUCUGUUUUUUCUAUGGUUUGGUAACAAUGACUGGCAACAUGAGCAGCAUAGAAAUCUGCAAUGAAUCCAUUGGAGGAGCGAUCAUCAUGUGUCCUCUCUGUGAUGUGAAAUGUGAAUAUUGGAAAUUGAAUACCACAUGCGAAUCCUCACGGUAUUCGCACUUGUUUGAUAACGUGGCCACCCUCUUUUUUGCAAUAUUCAUGGGAAUUUGGGUUACAUUAUUUCUGGAGUUUUGGAAACGACGCCAAGCUCGGCUAGAGUACGAGUGGGAUUUGGUGGACUUCGAGGAAGAGCAGCAGCAGCUCCAACUGAGACCUGAAUAUGAAGCCAAGUGUACUCUAAAGAAAAAGAACCCUGUGACUCAGGAGCUGGAGCCUUACUUGCCCCUAACUAGUCAGGCGCUGCGGUUCUGUUUCUCAGGAGCUACCGUGUUGUUCUGGAUCUCUCUGAUCAUAGCCAGUAUGAUAGCGGUGAUUGUGUACCGUCUGUCGGUCUACGCGGCGUUUGCAAGCAUCAUGGAGAAUACAGAAACCCUCCAGCCCAUCAGCAGUCUGCUGACUCCCCAGUUGGCCACCUCAGUCACUGCAUCCUGUUUGAACUUUGUCAUCAUCAUGAUCCUGAAUUUCUUGUAUGAGAGGAUAGCCGUGUGGAUCACAGAUAUGGAAAUUCCUCGAACGCACCUGGAAUAUGAGAACAGGCUUACCAUGAAAAUGUUCCUGUUUCAGUUCGUCAACUAUUACUCGUCAUGUUUUUAUGUGGCGUUCUUUAAAGGGAAAUUUGUGGGUUAUCCAGGAGCCUACACAUACAUGUUCAGCAAAUGGAGGAAUGAAGAGUGUGAUCCAGCAGGCUGCCUUAUAGAACUGACAACGCAGCUUACGAUCAUCAUGGCUGGAAAGCAGAUUUGGGGCAACAUCCAGGAAGCCAUUCUGCCUUGGGUUUGGAACUGGUGGCGACGCCGGAGAGCAAGGACUAACUCUGAGAAAUUGUACAGCCGAUGGGAGCAGGAUCAUGCUCUUCAGAGUUUUGGGCCCCUGGGGCUGUUCUAUGAGUACUUAGAAAUGGUCAUCCAGUUUGGCUUCAUCACACUCUUUGUGGCCUCCUUUCCUUUGGCUCCUCUUCUUGCCCUUAUGAACAACAUUUUGGAAAUCCGAGUUGACUCUUGGAAACUGACCACCCAGUACAGGAGGCCUGUGGCUGCCAAGGCCCACAGCAUUGGAGUGUGGCAAGAAAUUCUCAAUGGCAUGGCUGUUUUGUCCGUUGUUACUAAUGCCUUCAUUGUUGCCUUCACCUCAGACAUGAUUCCCCGGCUGGUUUACUAUUAUGCCUACUCAACUGACAACAAUUCCCCCAUGUCUGGAUACAUCAACAACAGCCUUUCCGUGUUCCAGAUUUCUGACUUUCCAAAUACUACUGUACCUGCGGGGAGCACAGGCUCAUUCACCACUUGCAGGUAUAGAGAUUAUCGCUAUCCUCCUGACCAUGAAAAGAAAUACUUGCACACCAUGCAAUUCUGGCACAUUCUUGCUGCCAAGAUGGCCUUCAUCAUCAUUAUGGAACACAUUGUUUUUAUUGUCAAAUUCUUUGUGGCCUGGAUGAUCCCUGACGUCCCAUCUGAGGUGAAAGCCCGAAUCAAACGGGAAAAGUUCCUCACCAUCCAAAUCCUCCAUGAGUAUGAGCUCAACAAACUCAAGGAGAAUCUGUGCAAUAGGACAGAUUAUCAAGUGGAGAAGGAAGUUAUCGCCACAGAAGGGAAAAGGGAGCUGGCACAGAUAAUGGGAUAGCCAACAAACCCAACUGACACCUGGUGUCCUGACUUGCCUCAUUUCUCUGGGACUUGGUUUUGGGACAGGAACCAGAGGUGCAUUUUGGCUCUUUAUUUGUUCACCCAAAGAUUUUUAAACUCUUAUAGAAGCCACUGGUCCCAAGCUUUGCCGCGUCGGAAAGCCAUUGUAACUUCACGGUGCCAGCUCUUGUCACAUGCUGUUUUAUGGAUUUCUGUGUGUAACUGUUAAAGUGUGUGUCCAGAAUCCACUUAUCAGAAGAUCAUGGAGUGUUGCUACUUAAUUUUCCUGGUAAGGCUGUAUUUCAUCCUCCAGUACAUCGGCAUGUUAUCAAAAAUUUCCGUCCUCUAGAACAUUUUGUACACUUUGGUUUAAGUCUUCCCAUCAAGUGAUUUUAACAGCGAAAAUGAAAAGGAAAGGACUGUGUCUUCCGGAGUGUGCACAUCUUGCCACUUUACUCAAAGAACUAAAAUCAGUUGAUUUAAAAGAAAUGCACACAUUCACACACAAAUACAACAAAACAUUACCACAAAAAAUAAAACUACAUCAGGUGAAACAUGAUUUUCUGGGCCCAGUGCUUAAAUUUAAUCAAUUAAAUGUCCAUUAAAAUCCAGGAGGGCUGGCCUUCCAGGAAAUUUCAUAAUUUUCCCCCCCAAAGAUAGACUUCUAAAGCAUUACAUAGAAUUAAUUCAUCCCAGUUCUUGAAUGCUAUUGUCUGGGAACCAGGCAUGCUUUAUUGUGUUGCAUUUCUGUGAGUCCUCACAAGGAUAAAAUGGGUUGUACAGAAGCUAAUAUCUUAUAUUUAAAGAAAUCAAGACAAUGUAUAGUAAUGUAUCUGCUAUCUUUAAAAUUAUGAAGUUGGUAGAAUUAUUAUUGUUAUUAUUGAAGCCUUGCCUUCCUUGCUUCUCUUGCCUCAUGGAGCCGUUUUUGCAUAUUAUCAGACAGUAGCAUUAGCCAUGUGUAUCAAUUGGCCAUAAGCUGUUUAUGAAAUGUGUACUUGUGAAAGCGAUUUCAAGCCUUUUGAAAAUUACUUCACACCCGUUUUCUAUGGCUAUAAAAGCCUAUACCAUGCUCAGUGCCUUUUUUCUAUGUCUUUGAUACAUAUGAAAUGAAAGUAUCGGUCCUCGAGUAAACACUCUGUAUUAUAUUUCAAACACAAGCCUGCAGACCUUGAGAAGUGAUCAACUUAACAAUGAAUGCCCUGUGUUGUCUGUGGAGGAAGAGUGAUCAUUAGUCUCGUUAGAUGAAUCGGUAAUAUACUUGUUGUCUGUCUUCCCAAAAUGAAGUAUAAGGUAUACUUUACAUACAUUAGUAGGAUUCUAAAGUCCUUGAACCGAAAUCACACAUACAUAUGUACAUAUCUAUACAUAAACACUAUAUGUGUAUACAUACAUCAUUUAUAUAUAUUAAAAAUAGAGGAACAGAUCAGUUUGGUACUAUUUGGACCCUUUACUUCCUAGCUUGUGUUCAGUUUUAAAUGAAUGACCUUUUUCUAUCCUGGGACAUUAUGAAAAUAUUUGAUCAGAAAAAUUCUAACAGAAUUUCUCUUAGGAUUUUCCAUGUUAAUUACCUACCUCCUCCAGCACACAGCGUACUUUUGCUAUCAUCCAAGAAAUGGCAAAUGGCAUAGGUUAAUCCUCCAGUGACUGAGGCUUUGAAGUCUCCAUAUCACAAGUCUGGGUCUGGUAAAUCCCAAGACAACCCUUCCCACACACCCUUUUCACAAUGCUUCCACUAUCAUCCCUACUGCCAAUCACCAAUUCAGAUUGUGCCAUCAGUUGGGCUGACUGUUAAUUUUUUUUUUUUUUGUAUAAAUCUAAAUGUGCUACUGGUCAUUAUAGAUCUAACAUGCAGGCUAUUGAGCCACUUGAGAACCAACCUGGUAUUAAGUGCAAUAAGCCACCAAUGGUUUUCCUUUAUGCCAACUUGUAUGCUGCUAAUAUAUUGCACAUGAUUCAUUUACCAUGUUGUUUUCUCCUCCUUGUAUAUAAGUUUGAGUUUAUUCUGCUUAAAUGGUUUCUGACAGCUUCAUGAAGCAAAAUAAAUCCCGUGAAAGUCCCCUCCAAAGUGCUAAUUUUGCAAUGUGAAUUGGAACGCAAAGACCAAUUCUUGUUUUGCUAGAAUGUGCAUGAAAUGACCACAAAUGGAAGAAAACAUUUUUUAAAAAAUACUCCAAAAUGAGGCACUUAAAGUGUUAGGUGGACUUUUUAUUUUGAAAGAGAGAUCAUGGAGAAUAUAAGGUGCCCCAGAAGUCUUAAUAAGCUUCAAUAAAUAUACUAAGACGUUUGUCCCUUUAAAGGGACAUAUUAUACUUUGUAUUUACGGUUAAUUCUUCCUUCUCGAGGGAUCUCCUUAUUCCAAAAACUCUGAAGUUUGCCAUCGCUCAAUCAAUUCUACCCCAGACUAAAAUUUUCUUUGGAGAAAAUCUUUUUAACAAGCAUUUCGUGAUGGACAUCUUCUGGGGAGUGGGAGUGGGGAGGGUCUCCAUCAUUUGGUUUGGUGAUGCUUAUUUAUCAAUGAAGCUGAUGGAUGUGUUUUUAGUAGUAGUCCAGGACUACUACUAGCUACAUGUUGACUCUAGCUUGACAUUUUUACAAGAGUUGAAACAGACAUGUAAUGGCAUUCACACCCUUGUCCCCCACCAUUAUUUUUUCUCCAUAAAAAUAUAGGCCACAAAACACUAACAUCAUGGUAUCACCCAGAAGGGAGAGUCUGGAUUGUGUGAAAAUUCUUUUUCCCACUUCUAUGACUCCCCCUGCUUAGCACACGUUAUCACAUUCAAUCGAGGUGUUACAAAAAUAGUAUAUACUGUAUUUGUGUGUUGGGAGGAGUUCCUUCUUAUUAAGUUGACUCAAAAGUCCAAAGGCAACAUCCUUGGGGUUUAAACAGUGGUAUGGUUUUCCUGGCUUUUGAGACUAAAUAAAUACAUAACAAAAAGUGUCCUUUAAUUCAAGGAGAAAUGAUCCCAUAGGGCAUCACUACAGCACUUAGCAUGGCUGCCACACUCUGCCUCCCUCAACUUGUCUCAGGAGAAAAUUGUGCUGAUGGAAUAAGACUAUUGAUGGCUGUACUCUUAGUUGGGGAAAAAAAAAGAAGAAAAAAAGAAAAGAAACAUUGUAAUGGGAAGUUUUAUUUGUUAUUGAACAGAUACAAAAUGUCUGCUAUUGAAGGAGAUAGAAUGUCAGGAAGUAGCUAUAGGAUCAUGAAGGAAGCAUACUACCAAGUAACACUAUAUCCUUUUUAUAGCCAUUUUCUCUUGUCUGUUUACUGCUCUUUUGCCAUUGUACAUGAUUGUUCAUGUUGGCUUUUCCAAUCAAAGAAAUAAUCUGGGCAGGGAAGGAGAGGAUUGUGGGAAAGGGGGGAGUGACCUGUGUACUUCAGUCAUUCACUUCCCUGCCUAGAUCCCAAAACAUAAUGUUUUUAUUGUUGUUAUUGAUUGUGAAUAGCUAGUAGUGAUUUGCUAUUCUGUGGUACCCUGAUAAUGACUCCGCCUUAUUGCAUCCCAUCUCCCUGUUUUGUUUUGUUUUUUAAUGUAAAUGUUGCUUUUAGUCAAUCUGUAUAUGAAUUUCAGGAGAUGUGAAUUCAGUCAGUAAAUAAAGCAACAUUUGAUUUUUUAAA